AUGUCGUCUCAGGAUUACUCCACCGUCUCAAUGCCCUUUUCUCCUUCACCACCAACGGACCUGCCAUCCUAUGCUCGGUUCAUGCACCAACACACAAAGAAGCAGAUGGAGGCCGCAUCAAGGUCGUCGCACCGUCGAGGUCAACGAUCAAGCCACUCUGGAGUUCCCGCGGUGCCCAACGGCAUCUCGUCGUCAGGAUCAUCGCAUAGCUCCGAGGGCGUCGACUACCACGACUGA